AUGUCUAUAUGCUUUGCUAAUGUAAAGAGGAUAGAGGUGAUAAGAUUACUCAGAAUCAAUACAUACAUUCAGGAACCUGGACUUGAAGCAGAAUUCGCUGCUUUUGACUUGAAGAGUUUCUUCAAAUUGGCAUUGACUCUUCAGCACACAGGUUCUUCAGCUAUGGACCUUCGAAAAAUGCAAACAUACAGUAAGCAAAUAGUGCUCCCUUCUUGGCUCUCUGAGGAAGAUGUCAGUUACCUUGCAAGUGUGUACUCAAAAACUGGAUUUGCUGGUGGAGUAAAUUACUACCGCUGCUUGGACCUGAACUGGGAACUGAUGGCGCCAUGGACAAGAGCAAAGGUGCAAGUGCCGACUAAGUUCAUUGUUGGGGACGGUGACCUGGCAUACCAUCACCCGGGAAUGAAGAGCUACAUCCACAAGGGCGGGCUCAAGAGGGACGUGCCGUUGCUUGAGGAGGUGGUGGUCAUCAAGGGCGCUGGGCACUUCAUCCAGCAGGAAAGGGCGCAGGAAAUCAGUGAGCACAUCCAUGACUACAUCAAGAAGUUCGAAGCCGGUGUUCCGCCGCCACUAAGAGUUUCAAAGAUGUGA